AUGAGAGCAGUUGUGCUUGUCUGCCUUUUGGCAGGACUUGCUCAUGCAGAUCUUUUCACUGCAAUUGCCGAUUUACAGCACAUGUUAGGAGCUGAGAAAGAUGUGACAUCAGUAAUCGAUCAAUAUAUUGCAGCUGAAAGAGAUAGAUUAGAUGAUUUGAGAAGGUACGCGCAUGAAUACGUUCACCGUAACGCUCACGCAGAAGCCGUUGGUCCAGAAUUCGUAACGAAUCCAAUCAACGCAUACCUACUUAUCAAAAGACUAACAAGCGAAUGGAAGAAAGUAGAGAAUAUCAUGUUGAACAAUAAAGCAACAACAUUCCUGAAGAAUAUUACUGACAACCGGGUGAAAAGUGAAGUGAAAUUCCCGGGAGAAGAAGAUUUAAGUGGUGCAGCAAUUGCUCUUCUGAGACUUCAAGACACCUAUAAACUCGAUACUCUUGACCUGUCAAAUGGAAUUAUUGGAGGAGAAAAAGUGUCGAAUAAACUAUCCGGACAUGAUACAUUUGAAGUUGGAAGAGCUGCUUACAAUCAGAAAGAUUACUACCACUGUUUGAUGUGGAUGCAGGUCGCUUUGAACAAGAUCGAAAACGAAAGUCCAGCAACUGUUGAAGAGUCUGAGAUUCUUGAAUAUCUUGCCUAUUCUCUGUAUCAACAAGGAAAUGUUCGUCGUGCUCUUUCUCUUACCAAACGUCUCGCAAAGAUUGCUCCAAAUCAUCCAAGAGCAAAGGGAAAUGUCAAAUGGUAUGAGGAUAUGCUUCAAGGAAAGGAUAUGGUUGGAGACUUGCCACCAAUUGUUAACAAGAGAGUUGAGUUCGACGGAAUCGUUGAAAGAGAUGCAUAUGAAGCACUUUGCCGUGGAGAGAUUCCACCAGUUGAAAAGAAAUGGAAGAACAAAUUGAGAUGUUACUUGAAGAGAGACAAACCAUUCCUAAAGAUUGCACCAAUCAAGGUCGAAAUUCUUCGUUUCGAUCCAUUGGCUGUUCUUUUCAAAAAUGUGAUUUCUGAUUCGGAGAUCAAAGUUAUCAAGGAAUUGGCUUCUCCAAAGCUGAAGAGAGCGACUGUCCAAAAUUCGAAAACUGGUGAAUUGGAACAUGCCACGUAUCGUAUCUCCAAAAGUGCAUGGUUGAAGGGAGAUUUACAUCCGGUUAUUGAGCGAGUGAAUAGAAGAAUCGAAGAUUUUACUGGUUUGUAUCAAGGAACUUCUGAGGAACUUCAGGUAGCCAACUACGGUCUCGGAGGUCACUACGACCCACAUUUUGAUUUCGCAAGGAAAGAAGAGAAGAAUGCAUUCAAGACACUCAAUACUGGAAACCGAAUCGCGACUGUUUUAUUCUAUAUGUCUCAACCAGAACGUGGAGGAGCUACCGUAUUUAAUCAUCUUGGAACUGCCGUUUUCCCAUCUAAAAAUGAUGCUCUCUUCUGGUAUAACUUGAGAAGAGACGGAGAAGGUGAUCUUCGUACUCGUCAUGCUGCUUGUCCAGUUCUUCUUGGUGUCAAAUGGGUUUCAAACAAAUGGAUUCACGAAAGAGGACAAGAAUUCACGAGACCAUGUGGAUUAGAAGAAGGUGUUCAAGAGAACUUCAUUGGAGACUUGUCACCAUAUGCCAACGAUCCAUAG